AGUCGACUCUCUGUCCAUCUCUUCUCUGUGUCUUUGACGUUCGCGUCCUCGAGCUAAAUCUGCCUAAUGUUUCCUUCGGUCGCAGUAAAUAAGUGUUAAUUCUUCCUUUGUGACCUCACCCAGAUCCUGCUUCUCUUUGAGUCUUUGUAUUUCUUCAAAGUCUGUGUUCGUUAUUUGUCAAAAUGAUCGUAUUCUUGGACUAGAAGCUCCCAAAGUGACUUGAUUCGUCGUGGAUGAUCAAUUAAUUCAUUGGGGAAGUGUUGACUUAGUGUUUGAGCAAAACUAGAGUUGUUUUAACAAGCUUUAUCGAGGCAGACAAGCCCAAAGACAAAGGCAUACGGCUUCGGACCAGUCGUGAUUGCCGAAGGUAAUCAAGGUUUUAAAUUUUGACCAUGUAGUGGAAUCAUCGCUUUGAAGAUUUGAGAAGUAACAAACCGCUUCUAAUGCCAUGGAUUCUGACGAACUGCAAGAAAAAGCAAAUUUUACAAGACUCAGUAGACUUUUAGUUGACAAAGGAACUGAGGCUUUGAGAAAUAAAUUUGAUACCAUCCAUCCACCUGUUAGUCUACCCAGAGUACUGGCUGCAAACAAAACAUCUCUUCAAAAGUUAAAACCUCGAGUUAUUAAUAUUUCCCAGUGGGAUUUACUGUUUCCUUCGUCUGGCAACCCACCAGAUUCCAAAACAUUUGAUGUCACAUUACUUACAGUUCUAUUCCGGAACAUUUGUGGUUUUCCAUCAACAGGAUGGGGUUUAAUGCCUCCGAAUACUGAUAGAUCAGAGCAAGCGAAUAUCACAAGAAUCAAGUUUUACAGAAAUGAAGUUAUUGCACAUGUAACAACAACUCGAGUUGACGAUUCAACAUUUCAAUCUUUAUGGAAGAAAAUUGCCCAGGCAUUGGUAGAAUUGGGAAUUGCACAAAGCGAUGUCGAUGAUUUAGAAAAAUGUCCUUUAGGACCCGAAGAAAAAAUAUAUGUGCAAAUCCUUGAAGAUUGGAAAUUGCGAGAAGAUGAGUGUAUUAAAAAGCUUGCUACAAUUGAAUGUUUUGUGAAUUAUUUAACACAAGACUCUGAAGAAACGCGCAUUGUAGUAAAUGAAACGCACGAUGCAGUAUUUGAAAUGCGCCAGUCAUUGGGCAAGCGUACGCUAUCAAUACCCAAUCCUGAAAAAAAAUCCCGCAUGAAAAGUGAUGAAGAUUUAUUGCGAAAACUUGCUAAGCAUAAUUUUAAAAGUAAAAUUAAAAGAAAAGUGAAGUUUUUCCUUCCUGGAACAAGAAAGUGGUUGUUAAAGAAAGUUAACGAGUGGUUUCAAAUGUGUAACAAUGAUUCGAGAAUAAAGUUAAUAACAGCCGGACCAGGAUUUGGUAAAAGCGUGUUUGCCGCUAAAAUCUGUGAAGAUUUUGAGAAGAAUGGAAAGCUGGCUGCUUGUCACUUUUGUGAUUUCAGUGAUUCAAACCUAAGAGAUCCUAUGGUGAUGCUGCAGUCUCUCGCAAGUCAGAUGUGUAAGAGCGUCCCUGGGUUUAAGAAUGAGCUCCUUGAUCAGUUAAAGCGACCUCAUCAAGUCCAAAGCCUCAAAGAUGCCUUCCAAAUAUAUUUGCUAAAUCCCUUAGAUGAAUUGGAAAUAAAAGAGCCACGUUUAGUUGUCAUCGAUGGCUUGGAUGAAAGUGCUGCUGAUAAUAAGAAUGAAAUUACGCAAUUGAUUGCUGAAUAUUUUCCUGAGCUUCCGGAGUGCAUCAAAAUCUUGGUGACGAGCAGGCCAGAGAUUUCCGUUGCUGAUCUAAGACUAAGAGAUGAUCAAAAGAUUCACAUUGCGAAUGUUGAUGACAACAAUGACUUAGAUCUUGAACUUUAUUUUAAAGAAUGCCUUCCAAGUUUAGUUGGCAGGAAAGUGGAUGGAAGUGAUAUCAGCCGUGAUUUGUCUAAGGAUCACCUAUAUCUUCACCGCUUUUGGGGAAAUGGCAGCCCUGAUAUCUAUGAGGAUCAUCCAUAUCUUGACAGCGUUCGGCGAAAUAUAACUAUUAUUUCCAUUUUUGUUGCCAAGUGCGAGGGCUCAUUUAUCUAUGCGUAUCACUUUCAAUCAGGGCUAAGGGCUCGCUAUGAUCUUGAGAAGAUAACAGAUAAUGAUGUUAUGGAGUUUCUCCCAGAAGGUCUGCAUUCUGUUUACGAACGAUAUUUUAAACGCCUUGAAGACGAGCUUAACAACAUAAAAAACGAAAAGUUUGAUGUGUUGAAAAUUUUGGCAAUGCUGGCUGCUUCCGAAGGACCUCUUCCCCUCACUUUCGUCGCUCAGGCUUUUGGUUUAGCUCCGGAUUGUCGCGAAACGAAAGUCAUCAUCAACAAAGUUAAUGAAACCGUAUCGUGCUUGUUGUACGUUUCAGAUGACAUGUUAACCGUGUUUCACAAAUCUGUUAUUGAUUGGCUUCUGGCAAAGGGCUACAAAGAUCACCAGUAUACUGUCAAUGUCGAUGAUGGACAUAAAUCGCUUUGGCUUUUAUGCGAAAAGAUUUUUAAAGAAAUUAAAGAUAAAGGUGUUCGCUCAGGACUUGAGGUGAAGUUCACUAAUGACGUAAAAUACGCUCUGAAACAUGGUUUAAAACAUGUAGAAAAGUGUGAGAUGGAGGAAGGUUUGUUUUUGUCAGUUGAUAUUAUUAUCGUCAGUUAUAUGUUAACUGUAAUCGAUUCAGAUGUAUUGCAGCGUUUCUGGCUCAAAUUACUCCAAAGUUCUUGGAUUAAAAACGAAGAUUUACGCGCCCGCAUUUCGUACCAUGUCAUUGAACUUGACCAUUUCGAAAGUGCCAUCGAAUAUUACUCAAAAAUUUUUUCCGACGAUUCAGUUAGAAAGGCAAGCCUUCCACAAUGGUAUUUACAAGCGGUUCGUACACAUUCUCCAGAAGGUUAUUUCAGCGAUGAUGAGAAAAAAAUUGCGGAGACGCUAUUAUCAAACCUUUCACCUUUUGUCGAGUCGAAGUCUUACGAAGUCUCGGUUUUGCCGCGAGCAGUCUGGAAAUGCGAGGGCUUUGAUGAUGUUGCUUUAUCUAACGAUGAGAAAAGUGUAGCAGUUCUAAGUCUGGAAUUUAUCCGUGUGUUUUCCCUGCCAACUUUAGUUGAAAUUAUUAAUUUUUCGACAAAUAUGGGAAGAAUUUCAUGCUGCACAUUUUCUCCAGACGAUUCGCUUAUAUUAUUUGGUGAACUGGAAACGGCGUUUAACAUUGCUGGAGGAAAGGAAGUCCCAUUUUUUCCUGGAAAUUAAGAGACAUUCCGGUUCUGUGCAUUUUCCCCUAACGGCAAAAGACUGGUGACUAGCAACGGUUCAAACACCAUUAAACUAUGGGACGUUGCCAAACGAAAAAUGCUGUCGUCGCUUUCUGCUGGAUUUCCUGUUAGUCGGUGUUCUUUUAGCGUCACAGGGUUAUUUAUUAUUGGAAAUUCAAACUCUUCAUCUUAUCCGGGUUAUUCGUUGUGUGUUUGGAACACCAUCACAUUGCAAAGAAGUGAUAAGCGAAAAUUAUCUCACAGGGAAAGGGAGAAACCAGUUGUGUUAAAGAGUAGGAAAUGUGAAGCAUGUUUUCAGCAGGGAUUUCAGGAACCAAAUUCUAAACAGUUAGAAAUACGUCUAUAUGCCAAACAUGGCAAAUGUCACGAAUAUGUAAGGAAAUGUAUAAUGUCAUGUCCGUGGAUCUGCAAAGAUGUGGAGUGCAUUUUUUCUUCGGAAGAAUAUUGUUAUUUGAGUGUCACAGAAAGUAUUCCUUUGACUGCGAUUGUUGCUUGGAACCAUCUUGUUGCCUAUCCUGACCGUUAUAACAUUGGUGCAACCAAAAUGCAAGCUUUAGAAAAUAAUCUGUGGCUCCAUUCAGAUAGUAAAAAACUAAUUGUCUUUAAGACAUUAACUCCUAAACAAGAGCAUUCCUGUCUGUCACAGCGAACGGAAGUUUAUUCGAGUUCGUUUUCUCCUGACGGCUCUCGACUUGCAUCCUGCAACUCAGAUGGAUAUAUCAACGUAUGGAAUGUCUAUACCAGCCAAGUUGAACAACGUUUCAAAAUCAGUCAAUGUGGGUCAAAGUUUUUAUGCUGGUGGUCGAAAGAUUUCUUGUUUGUGAUUAGUGAAUUUAACAAGUUUGUCUUUUUAACGCGAUACUCGGUAGAUGAGUAUUUAAAGAUUGUGUCCACUCACAGUCAACAAGUGUCGAUGUGUAAUUUAGAUAGCUCCAUUUUUGUCCGAAAGGUUGGUUUUUCUGAAGGCUUUGUCAGCUUCGCUCGCAAAUGGAAUGAACCCGUGAAAGUUCUGGAUGUCACAGAUGUUGAUGGUCCUGUAAUGAUCAAUUUGCCUGGAAUUGAGCCGAGGAUGGAAGUGGAAAUUUCGCCUGGUGGUGCCUUUAUCUCUGGUUGUAAUAAAAAUAAAUAUUAUAUUUGGAAAAGAAAAACCGAAAAACCAACUUCGUAUGAAAUCUUUUAUCACCGUGACCCUGGAAGGACUGACAGAUUGCCUUAUGUCGUAAUUUUCAGUAAUGAUUCCAAAGUCGCAGUGGUCAUGAGCGUAACUAGUAAACGGAGUCGGAUAAUUGAUCUGGACACUGGUGAUUCUAAAAAGAUAAAUUCUGGAUUCGAGUCCUCAGCUUACUUCUACUCGAGGUCAUUUUGUAUUCGCAAGAGUGGAAUUGUAUUAACUUUAUCUGAUCACCUGAUAACAUUUUUUGACAUGGACUCUGGCGCGAUUUUCGACCAUUCCUAUCAACGAUACUUGAAAAUUUUACUCCCAACCCAAACAAUUCUUUCCCCAAAAGAAGACGUGCUGGCUUUUCCUGACCGCAAAGGUGAUAUGGUGUUUCUUCGACUGUCUAUUCCACAAAAUCCUUUGUUGGACGAUAUUAAGCGAAGUGCACUUGCUUCGCGGAACGAUAUUAAAUGUCUUUUUCUGGAAAAAGGAGACUUUUUAGAACGACAGAUGUUUUGGAAUUGAUUUUUUAAUUAGGAUAUUUCUUAAUGAACUCAGUGAGCAAUAACAUGAAAAACUAUCAUCAAGAACAUUGUUUUCGGGCAGCGGCUAGACUUUGCUUGGAGCUGGUCUAGAAUGGAGAAGUAAGACACCUCCUCCCUCCGUUUAUCUGGGAGUUCACCUUGGGCAAGUGAUAGCACUCCCUUGCCUCCCUAACUGGGGUUACAGUUUGUUAAACAAAACAAAGAUGAUAUCUUCAAUACAUCUGCAAGAAACAAGUCCUAAAAAACUGUGACCAAUGCCAGUCGUAUGAUGGUGUUAUUUAAGGUGUUCAUUAUGGUAGUUAUAGUCAUGUUAGUGGUGAUAGUUCUCAUCUAUGAUGUUGUGAUGGUGCUGGUCUCUACGAUGGUGCUAAUGGUAAUUGUGCUGGUCAUGAAGAUGAUGGUACAAAUUGUAGUAAAUAUAUUAGCUGUAUUUUGUUCACGAAGUUUGAUGCUGGUGAAAAAGAAAAUAACGGAACUCAGUGGCGUCAUGCACUAGAACGAUAAUAGGGGGGAAUAUUCAUAGUAUGUAUGUAUAGAACUGCAAGAACUAUGCACAUUACAGAGAACGUUCGUUUUUUAGCUAGGAAGGAAGAUAUUUAUAAUCUGAAGCGGAGCUGGAAGAUUGUGAAAAUUUGACUGAAAUGUGAAUAAUAUUAUGUUGAACUAAUAUCAAAAACUAAUAUCAAGUGUUGAAAUAGGAUAUUACGACUUAGAAAGUGUCUCGUGCACACAAGUACAUAUCUGCUUGAUAUCUAAUCAUAGGCUAAUGCCAGCAUUUAUUGUAAUUUGUAUAGAUUUGUAAUGAUUUCUAAACCGUUUCAUGAUUUCA